AUGCCCCCAGCUCACAGCAAGCCACGCUCCGAGGAUGUACCGGCCGCACCCGAGGGCCGUCCCUCCAAUCCCGCUGCCGACGUUUUCCCUUUGGAGGGUGUUACCUUCGCUGUCGACGCUGAGUUCACCUUUUGCUCAUGGGUCUCCUCUGUCCCUCGCCUACUUCGAGAUGCAAGGACCCAGUUUGCUCACUUUCUUGUUUCAACUUUGGCUCUGUGCCGGGAUGACAGCCUGUCUCCCUCUACCGCUCUCUUUCCGCUGCCUCUCCUUCGCCCGAAGGUCUUCGAUCAGCGACCCUGCCGGGGAGCUUCAGCUCACUUGCGCUUGAGUGUCCAAAGGUGUGUUCACCUGGUUGCAAUGGCCCUCAACUACGUGCAUGCUGGGUGUAAGCCAGUUUCUUUGCUCUCCCUGCAGAGGCCCCUAUCCCCUUUUCAGGUCCAGGCCUAUGACCGGAUAGGUGUGCUCGUCAGAGCGUGUGAAGCUAGGAGUGUUCCUUCUUGUGCCGGCCGACGUGGCCUUCACACUGCUGCUAGGCUGUCUGAGGUCAUCCAGUUUCUGGGCCGUUCUGGCCUUGUGACAGGGUCUUACUCCGACCUUGCGUUUCCGCCUGAAGGUGAUGGUUUCGUGCCGCACGUCAAGAAGGGCCCGGAAGCACUGAACCCUUAUGGUGACAUUAAAGCCGAUGCUGUUGCCCUGCAUGGCAAGGGGGAGUGGAAUCUUGCUGCGCACCUCGGCCCUGAGUUGCUUUUGCCCUAUCUUGAGCCCGAAGUCAUGCAAUUUGAAGGCACGGGAGGGCCGUGUGCCAGUUUCGAGAAAGAGGAUCCAGAAAUCCUUGGCCUUUGCAAGCUCUGGGACGCCUCCGGCCUCCUUGGCAUCACCGCCGGCCCCCUGCCCGAGCGCAAGCUCACACGUAUCUUCGGGGCUUUCAAGGCGCCAGGCAAACAACGUCAGAUAGGUGACAGGCGGGGACAGAACUCCCUUGAAGGGCGUCUUCUUGGACCCUCCAGAUUUCUGCCAACCGGCCCCUUGCUAGCCCGCGUGCAUGUGCCCAAAGGUUGCUGCCUGGUCGGCUCCGUCACCGACAGACGGGACUUUUAUACCCAGGCACGCGUCAGCGAGGAGCGCGCCGUCACAAACGCCAUAGGCCCUGCGUUCAGGCUAGGCGCCUUCAAGGGGACCAAUGCCUACUCGGCCUUCCUCCUCAAAAGUGCGCAAGAUCGCAGGCAACCUCGGGGGAAGGGACACUUUCUCGGUGAGCCCCCGCCAGCCCUGCUGGUAAACGACAAAAGUUGGGUUCACCCAACUUUCAAGGCGCUGCUCCAAGGCGAUGCCGGAGGAGUAGAGUACGCCACCGCGGCGCACGAAGAUCUGCUUCAGCACUGUGGAUGCCUCCAGGCGCGGGGCCGCCUGGAGAACAAAAGACCUGUUGCUCCUGCGGGGCCAUGGGACGGGCUGAUAAUAGACGACUACUUCAGCCUCUCUGUUGAAGACCGGUGUUUCCAGCCCGGGUCGGAGUCAGCCUCCUCUCUUCUCAUCGCACAGGCCAAAAGCGGCUAUGCGGAUGAGGCUGUCUUAGGCUCUGAGGAUAAAGAUGUCAUCAGUCAGCGCGUUUUCAAGGUGGCAGGAGCCGAGGUCAUCUCUGACCCCCAUGCCACCCGUGAUGGGGUUGCUUUAGUUGGUUUCCCUGUUGAGAAGAGGCUCGCGCUUGCAGCAGCUUCCCUUCGGGCCGCGCAGUGUGCCGGUAUCUCAGAAGAACUCGCCUCUAUGCUCAGUGGUUCGUGGGUUGCCUGCCUCAUGUACCGUAGGGGUCUCAUGUCCGUGCUCGACGGCCUAUUUGGACUAGGCAGGACCUCUUCAGCUGGAUCCUCCGAAGGUAGCCAAAUAAAGCCCCUCCCCAGGAAGAUUGCCUCCGAGCUUCAGGUCCUCGCGUUGCUUGCGCCAGUUGCGUGUUCUAACCUCUCGGCCGGCGUCUGGCCCGACGUCUUUGCUUCCGAUGCUUCGAUUGCCAAAGGUGCAUUCUGUGCCACCCCGUGCGAUUCUGGGCUCGGACUUGACCUCUGGCUUGCCGCCGACUUCAAAGGACACGCCCCGGGCCUUUCAGACGAUCUUGAAGAAGAUAGACAAGCUCCCGACGUUCUCAGUCCCGAAUGUCCUGUCGCCUAUGUUGAGAAGCCGCUCGCUUGCUGCUACGACUUCUUGGAGAUCUGUGGAGGUACUGGUGAGGUUUCAAAGGCCCUGCGGCGGCGAGGUUUCCGACCGGGGCCUGUCAUCGACCUGUCAAGGUCUCCGCACUUCGACCUGUCAUCUAGGCAUGUUGUUGAAUGGGUCGCUUUCUUGAUCGCUGAGGGCAGGCUCAAGUCGGUUAUGCUGGAGCCCCCUUGCGCCUCUUUCUCCCCUGCAGAUUGGCCAGCCGUUCGCAGCUACAGUUGCCCGUUGGGUUUUGACCGUGCUGAGAAAAAGACACUUAGCGGCAAUGUCAUCGCGUUGAACUGCCUCCUCCUCUUCAGUAUCGCGGUUAGGCAUGCUGUUCCGGCUCUUCUCGAACAACCGCGUUCUUCAAGGAUGCGCUGGCUUCCUGUUUGGCGUUGGUUGCUUUCUUUCGCUGGGGUCCAGGAGAGCUGGCUAGCAAGCUGCGCGUACGGCUGCCGUCACCGCAAGGAAUUUGCCCUCCUAGCGUUCGGGGUUGACCUAGGUCUCAUUCACAGAAAGUGCCCAGGAAACCAUCAGCACACUAAGAUUCAGGGUCAGUACACGCGCUGCAGCGCCGUCUACCAUCCUAGAGUUGGCCUUGAGUCUGUUGCUGUCAACGAUGUCCUGAUUUCAGGCCAAUGGCGCACUGUUUCCUGCUGGGCCUGGGGCCUCCGGGCCCACAUAAAUGUGCUCGAGACAACCGCUGCUCUGCGUGUCUUUGAGAAAGUUGCCAGGCUUGGGGGAGAUUGCAAACUCAACUUGCUCCUGGACUCUUCUGUGGCCAGAGGAGCCAUCGCGAAAGGGCGGUCGAGCUCUAAGUUGCUUCGCCCGGUACUUCUCAAAAUAGGGGCCGUCACUAUCGCUGCCGGCAUCUUCCCUGGGCUGCACCACGCCCCCACUCGCCUCAACACAGCAGAUGACCCUACGAGGGACCGACCUGUGCGAGCCCCUGCGGAUUGCUCGGUCCUCGCGCUUUGUCCACGUGAAGAGGUUGCCCCUAGUCCUCCUGAUACCCACGUCAGUGACGCCUCGCAUGGGCCGGGAAAGUUUUUCGAUGCCUCGAAGGGCUAUCCUGGGGAGGGCCCUGUCGCGCCGAGAAAUUCCAAGGACCGGGACAGGAUGUCUCAAAAUGGCUUGCUGCAUAUGGGGCGAGAACUCUUUGAUGGGGGUCGGCCAUACUGGCACUACUCCGAAUCCAUAAAUGCUGUUUCGGCCGCCCGUCCGGCCAUACGGCGCCAGAUGCAGGGCGCCUGGGACGUAGCCUUUGGUUGGAUGUCGGUUGAGCCACACACCCACCAUGUUGCUAUGCCAGCUGUGAUCUUGAUCGCUGUCCUUGCAGUCUGCUUGCUUUGGGGCUGGAGGACGGAAGCGGGCAUCUUUGCUUUAAGCUGGGGUGCUCUGUUGAGGAUAGGGGAGGCUGCCGGUGCCGUCAGAAGCGACCUUGUCUUGCCGCGCGACGUUUUGUGGUCGCAGCGCUACAUCCUCUUAAAGAUAAAGGAGCCAAAGACCAGGUUUAGGGCAGCGAGACAUCAGGCUGCCAAGCUCGAGAUGACAGACCUCGUCAAGCUCGUUGACCUGGCUUUCUCAUCUCUUCCUCCUCAAGCUCACUUGUGGCCUUUUUCAACGCAGACCCUACGACGACGACUCGAUGCAAUUCUUGAAAGACUGCACAUCCCGACAGCCAGAACUGUUUCGAGGCCCUUAGACCUCGGUUCCUUUCGGCCGGGCGGGGCAACUUACGCCCUGCAGCUGACGGAAGACGCCGAGCUUGUGCGUAGACGUGGGAGAUGGAUUAGCCACAAGGUCAUGGAGAUAUACUUACAGGAGAUUGUCGCUGCGACUUUCUUCCCGAACCUGCCUCUACCCACCAGACAGUUGAUCAUGGCUACAGCCGCUUGCUUCCCCGCGCUGCUGCAGAAGGCCGAGGCAUGGACAAAGGGACGUGUGCCCACAUCGGUGUGGUACAACCUCAUGUCAGUUUGA